ACUCACUUCCGGGUGUCUUGAGCUACCAUCUGGCAGUUGGUCAAACUAGCAAUUUCGAAGGGGCGCUGUGUGAUUUUGGAACGUCGAGCUGUCGGCUGACACUGACGUGGAACUUUCGUCUGAAUGGGUAUUGAGAUCAGUUAGUGUUAAACUCACAAUUGUGUUUGUUUUUCAUACAAAUUUGGUCUCUUCAAGACAUCUGUAGUUGACGUGGAGGGAAAACGGGCUUCGGCUAUAUUGAUAGAAAUUGCUGAGUAGACAAGCAAAAAACAACCGUUCCAGGGCGGUCUUGCUUUCGUUCGUGGUAGCACUGAAAAUGGCUCAGUAUCAGACGUAUGCUGAUUUUAUUCAGCACCAGGAAGAUCGAGAUGGGGUUCGCCUAUCAUGGAAUGUGUGGCCGUCUUCAAAGAUCGAUGCAACACGUCUUGUGGUCCCAAUAGGAGCGUUAUUUACUCCUCUUAAGGAACGGCCUGACCUACCGCCCAUCCAAUAUGACCCUGUACUUUGCACAAACCAAAAGUGUCGAGCAAUUCUUAAUCCUCUUUGUCAAGUAGACUAUCGUGCCAAGCUAUGGGUGUGCAAUUUCUGCUUCCAACGAAACCAAUUCCCACCUCAGUACGCGGCCAUCUCUGAGCAACAUCAACCAGCUGAAUUGAUACCUCAGUUCUCUACUCUCGAGUACACUAUUACGCGAGCGCAGACACUAGCUCCAAUAUUUCUGCUAGUGGUAGACACCUGUUUGGAUGAAGAUGAACAGAUGGCUCUUAAAGAAGCAUUGCAGUUAUCACUUUCACUUAUGCCACCGAAUGCCCUCGUUGGACUCAUUACCUACGGAAAAAUGGUUCAUGUUCACGAGCUCACAGGUGAAGGCGUUGCUAAGAGCUAUGUGUUCCGUGGCACGAAGGAUCUCGCUGCAAAACAGAUUCAGGAUAUGCUAGCGAUUGGCAAAACGAUGUCUUCACCCCAGGGGGUGCAACAGCAACAGCCCCAGCCACGGCCAGGGAUGCCGGGAAUGUCUGGAAUGCCCCCACAACAACCACAGAGUACUCCACCCGCGAGCCGAUUUCUACAGCCCGUACAGAAAUGUGACCUAGCAUUGACAGAUCUUCUCGACUCGAUGCAGAAAGAUCCUUGGCCUGUGCUUCAAGGCAAGCGUCCAUUACGGUCCACUGGAGUGGCUCUAUCAAUUGCUGUCGGACUGCUUGAAGCGGCCUUUCCCAACACUGGCGCGAGGGUGAUGUUAUUUACGGGUGGAGCCUGCACUCAGGGUCCUGGUAUGAUUGUAUCGGAUGAGCUCAAGAUGACCAUCCGCUCUCACCAUGACAUCCAAAAGGACGCGGCAAAAUUUAUGCGAAAAGCCCAGAAGCACUACGAGGGAUUAGCACAGAGAGCAUCCGCAAACGGGCAUGCGAUUGAUAUCUAUUCAUGUGCCCUCGAUCAAACUGGAUUACACGAAAUGAAAACCUGCUCCAAUAUGACUGGUGGUCACAUGGUGCUUGGCGAUUCGUUCAACUCUAGCCUAUUCAAGCAAUCAUUCCAGCGAGUGUUUACUCGAGACUCAAAGGGUGAACUCAAAAUGGGACUCAACGCCUUGAUCGAGGUUAAGACCUCAAAAGAAAUUAAAAUUUCAGGAGCUAUAGGCAAUUGUAUUUCUAUGAAGGUUAAAGGACCAAACGUUUCGGACGGUGAUACGGGCCUCGGUGGAACAUGUCAGUGGAAAAUGUGCUCCCUAACGCCGAAUAGCACUAUAGCAGUGUUCUUCGACGUAGCCAACCAGCACAAUUCAGGUAUCCCUCAGGGCGGGCGAGGUUGUAUCCAAUUUAUCACUCAAUACCAACACCCCUCAGGUCAAAAGCGGGUACGGGUAACAACGAUAGCUCGUAAUUGGGCUGAUGCUGCAACUAACAUUCAGCACAUCUCUGCCGGCUACGAUCAGGAGGCAAGUGCCGUGCUAAUGGCAAGAUAUGCCUGCUUUAAGGCUGACGAGACUGAGGAAGGUCCUGAUGUGUUGCGCUUUAUUGAUCGUAUGCUUAUUCGGCUAUGCCAAAAAUUCGGAGAUUUCCAGAAAGAAAGCCCGGAAAGUUUUCGCUUCCCGGACAAUUUCUCACUAUAUCCACAGUUCAUGUUCCAUCUUCGGCGCUCGCAAUUUCUUCAAGUUUUUAAUAAUUCACCUGAUGAAACGUCGUUCUACAGACAUAUGCUAAUGACUGAAGACCUAACGCAAUCACUAAUCAUGAUCCAGCCUAUUCUCUACGCGUAUUCGUUCAAUGGUCCACCCGAGCCUGUUCUCCUCGACACAUCGUCAAUACAGCCUGAUCGGAUACUGCUCAUGGAUACCUUCUUUCAGAUUGUCAUCUUCCAUGGUGAAACGAUCGCACAGUGGCGCAAAGCAGGCUACCAUAGAUCCCAGGAACAUGAAAGUUUUCGUCAGUUACUCCAGGCACCAGAAGACGACGCACAAGAAAUCCUUCAAAGUAGAUUCCCUAUGCCACGUUAUAUCGUAUGUGAUCAAGGAGGGUCACAAGCACGUUUCCUCUUAUCGAAGGUCAAUCCAUCUGUAACACAUAACAAUGCAUACUCGUGGGGUGGCCAAGGAGAUGCAGCCGGAGCUCCGGUGCUGACUGACGACGUGUCCCUGCAGGUCUUCAUGGAACACCUCAAGAAGCUUGCUGUAUCCGCCUCAACUUAGACAGUCAAAUAACGGAAUAACGUGCUUUGAUCUGGUCGCCUAUAAAUCUUUUAGACAAGAAAUUCACUUGCCUAUCAAUUUUUAAGAAAAUGUUUUUAGGCAUAGCCAACGGGAAGCAUAACGAACGGCUUUAGGUAAUUUGGGGAACGAGUAAAAGAAAUAUAAUACAUGCAGGAAGCACUUAGUCAAUGCUGAAGAGACUGUGUGCUGGGAACGUUUAGCUUUGAAACAUGUACCGAAAUAUGAAAAUGCGCGACAAAUACAUUAGCACACAUACACACAUUAUAUUGUUGAAGUUUGGUAGCGUGAAAUGUUCAAUAUUGAAAUAUUAUCCAACAAAAUAAUCGUAAGCCUUGCGGAAAUGGACAAAGGCCUUCGACAGACUAGCGUAAUAUUGACUUUUUCGACCUGAUAGGGUGAUGUAGAAAUAGAGGUUUUUGAUGAAUAAUAAACUUUUAUUAAAAUAA